GGCGCCACGCGGGGGGCGCGGCUGGGGCGUCUGGAAGGGCAAGCGCCAAGGGGGCGCGGGCGCCGCCGGAAGCUGGGGCGGGGCGCCCAGCGGGAUGCGGUGAAGGGCGAGCGGUGCGGCGGCUGCGAUGAGUGCCUCUGCGGCCACCGGGGUCUUCGUGCUAUCCCUCUCGGCCAUCCCGGUCACCUAUGUCUUCAACCACCUGGCGGCCCAGCAUGAUUCCUGGACUAUUGUAGGGGUUGCUGCCCUCAUCCUGUUCCUGGUAGCACUGCUGGCUCGUGUCCUCGUCAAAAGAAAACCACCCCGGGACCCGCUGUUCUAUGUGUAUGCAGUUUUUGGAUUUACCAGCGUGGUGAACCUCAUCAUAGGACUGGAGCAAGAUGGAAUCAUUGAUGGGUUCAUGACACACUACUUGAGAGAGGGUGAACCGUAUCUGAACACUGCAUAUGGGCACAUGAUCUGCUACUGGGAUGGCUCCGCUCAUUAUCUGAUGUACCUGGUGAUGGUGGCAGCCAUAGCAUGGGAGGAAACUUAUAGAACCAUUGGCCUAUAUUGGGUUGGAUCUAUUAUUAUGAGUGUUGUUGUUUUUGUGCCAGGAAACAUUGUAGGGAAGUAUGGAACACGAAUUUGCCCUGCUUUUUUCUUAAGCAUACCAUAUACUUGUCUUCCUGUCUGGGCUGGUUUCAGAAUCUAUAAUCAGCCAUCAGAAAAUUAUAAUUACCCCUCAAAGGUUAUUCAAGAAGCCCAAGCGAAAGACCUGCUGAGAAGACCAUUUGAUUUAAUGUUGGUCGUGUGUCUCCUCCUGGCAACUGGAUUUUGCCUGUUCAGAGGCUUGAUUGCUUUGGAUUGCCCAUCUGAGCUCUGCCGAUUAUAUACGCAGUUUCAAGAGCCCUAUCUAAAGGAUCCUGCUGCUUAUCCUAAAAUUCAGAUGCUGGUGUAUAUGUUCUAUUCUGUUCCUUACUUUGUGACUGCACUGUAUGGCUUAGUGGUUCCUGGAUGUUCCUGGAUGCCUGACAUCACACUGAUACAUGCUGGAGGUCUGGCUCAGGCUCAGUUUUCUCACAUUGGUGCAUCUCUUCAUGCUAGAACUGCUUAUGUCUACAGAGUCCCUGAAGAAGCAAAAAUCCUUUUCUUAGCAUUAAACAUAGCAUAUGGAGUUCUUCCUCAGCUCUUGGCCUAUCGUUGUAUCUACAAACCAGAGUUCUUCAUAAAAACAAAGGCAGAAGAAAAAGUGGAAUAAAAAUAUUACUUCAUGUUCCUCCUUUCUAAAUUACUAACUUUUGUUAUACUGGUACUGAUAUUUUGUCCCAUUUCACUCUCUUCUCAUAAAUGAAUACUUAAGAAUAUGUACAUUCUUGCUCUGCACUGUAUGUGUGAGCUAUAUGGUAUUGUGUAAAUUUUUUU